AUGCGUGCGCCAUCAGUGAACACCCCAGACAUUGUUGUGCUAGACAUACUGCCGGAUGAUCUGGAUCGCAAGGAAGUCUUGGAUCCAAGCCAAGACUUGUGGCUUUCUACGAGCGACGGUCGAUACAGCUCCGCUAUAAUUCCUCUUCGCGUCGGCACUCUGCCGAAUCAGGAGAUUUUUCAGGUGCAUAAAAGCGUUCUUCUCAAGGCUGAAUGGUUCCGCAAAGCACUGCUGGGCAACUUCCUCGAGGCGGAAGCGCAGUCCCUCGACUUACCAGAAGAAGACCCGGCCAUCUUCCAUUUCCUGGUCGCAUACCUCUAUGAGGAGCGGUAUCUGCCGACCAAGCCGCUAUCGACUGUCUUGGAGCUGGACCCGGACAAGGGCAAAGGGAAGGACGUGGCCAACGACACAGCCAACUCAGAUUCAGACUCGGACGCGCUCAGCUGGCGCAGUGACUCUAGCGCCCAGUCACGAAGGCGCGAGGAGCGCCGCCGCCGACGACAGGAGAGACAGCUCGAACGUCUCCGGCAGAAACACCCCGGGGCGCACCGACCGAACUGCAACUGCCCGCAAUGUGCUAAUUCUCAAGGACCACCCUGCUGGGCCUGCUCAGCACCACGGUUCCCUCCCGCCAUCGCCCCGCCCGCCUAUCCCCCAGGGGUCAUUAUGAAUGGACGAGACAGGUCACGGAGGAACCAACACCAUCGGAGGCGGGGUCCGGACGGCAGGCCGAUACCACCACGGCCCGGGUCGCCACCAGCCAUGGCGACGUCGCCGACCGACGCACCACGCAUCAAGGGCGAGGACAUGCGCACGUGGCUGAUCGAGUACGAGCUGAAUAUCGACGUGUACAUCUGCGCAGACAGGUACAUGCUCGACGGGCUGAAGGAGAAAAUCUCGCGCGCGACCAUCGACAUGCUCGAGAGCGCGGGCCCCGACGCGGCGCAGGCCGAGGUGCUCAGGCUCUGCCGGAAGAUCUACGACGGUGUGGGCGAUGAUGAUCCCCUGCUGCGGAUGGUGUUUGCAAGGGUCGGGUUCCUGCAGCCGAUGCUGUGGAAGAUGGCCCCCGAGGAAACGGGCGCAUUCCUCCUCGAGAACCCAGAAGUGGCCAUGCUGAUGCUCAAGGAGACGUCGAUCAGGAGGGCGGACUUCCACGGUGCCAUGCUGCCGAGCAUGGAGAGGGCUGCCUGGAACAUGCCUACUGGGCCGCCGUUCGACCACCAGUUAUACCCUCGACCAUUCCCGAGGGGCGUGAGGUAUUAG